CAUGAAACUCCCGUCGAUGUUUUUGGAGACUUCCUUGUUUGUCUCUUCCGCUGCACGAAGAGUUUUAUCAUUGACACGCAUGCCAACGGCCAGACCUUGUGGCACCAUGUCGAGACCAGCAUCGAAUUUGUCUUGAGUCAUCCCAACGGCUGGGAGGGCGCUCAGCGGACGAACAUGCGACGGACCGCCGCACACGGUGGUUCAAUUCCAGAUACAGACGAAGGUCGAGCGCGGAUCCGUUUCGUCACAGAAGGAGAAGCC